AUGACCGCUCAACGGGAAUUUACUUAUGGACCCGACUGGUCUCUGCAACAAAUCGAUGGAACUAGGAUUCAUUUCAUUUGCGCAGGAUUCACUAGGUGGACGUUUGACUUUCAAGAUCGGAAUCUGGACUGCAAAUUUCUUCGUAAUUCGAAGGCUCGGAUUGUUUGCAGGAAUGUUGUCGAGGAGGGUUACCAGAAUGGUCAACUCGUUGCUGGCGCGCCCAUUACACUCAUUUUGAAUUUUGACUCCGCAAUUUCCUUUGGAUUGUUCGCGCACGGGAUUACUGAUAUGAGCGGCGAUGCCUCUUCUCAUUCCGUCUCCCAUCAUCGAUUCAUCACAUCUCAAGGAUCAGCAUUUAUUAUCGCACCUGUUAGC